AUGCCUUCCCUGUCCACGGUCCAGCCGGCGAUAACUGCAUUGAAAUAUCGGUACAGCACGUCGAGCCUGAAGAGUCAUUAUCAUUUACUCGUGGCCCGUCUUAACCAUCUGCCUGCUGGUGAGCGGCUUGUUAUUCUCAGCUUGCUGCUCACGGGGAUCAAAGUUGAUGCGCGCGGCGGUUCUGUCUUGCUGUGGAAUUGGAUUGUCGGGUCUACUUGGCCGCUUGAUGCCACCAAAGACGAGGAAGACCAUCUGCUGCUGCCUCUGCCACGCAGAAGGAAGGCACGCCCGUGGCUGUCUUUGGGGCUGCUCGUCGUGCUCUCGACCGCGUGCGCUAUCAACCUCGACGCUGUAGAUGUCGCGGUCAACGCCGCUGUCGCUGCGAAACCCGCGACAUCGAGGACACGUCGACGUGAUGUCGUGGCUUGCGCCAUGGCAACUAAUAGCUGGCGCUCUGGAGUCGAGAUGGCCGCCUCAGUCGGAGCCAAAGUCAAACAGGCGCUGCGAGGCGGCCGGGCAAUCGGCGACCUGUUUCCAUCCUCGUCAUCAACCGUCCGCCGCCUAAGCAACAAGCAUCAAAUGAUUGCGACCAAACUCUCCAUAGUGCAAGCCAAAGCACGCGCCCGCGAAUUCAUGGGCGACACGAAUGGCAUCAUUUACUUCCAAACGUCAGCCAGCAGCGGUAGGAGCACUGUCCUGCUAGCCGAGUUCUUGCUGUCCGCCACUGAGAGCGCCUUGAAGUUCAAGGUUCUUUGCCUAACAAACACGCGAAUCGAGGCAGAGCUUUUGCAAAAGAACAGCGGCUAUUUCGGACAGCCUUGCACACGCCAGAUGCCAGUGAUGGGCGGGUUUGGCUUCCUGUCAUACAACGAAUUCAGUGCCCUUUACCCACUCGACACCACGCAGGGAUACACCGAGCUUCUCGUCAUCCUUGAAACGCCUCCAGCCGCGACCGCCGACUUCGAAAUUGCCAAGGCCACCGUAUGCAAGCUCGCCACUCAAAUCCCCACCGUCAACAUCGUUGGGUUCGGUACUGGGGUUCACGAUCUCGAGUGCUUCCAGUCGCUGCUGUCGCGAGAUAUCGAGGUGGUGGAAGUUAUACACAAGGUCGCGAAAUCAUGGAGAGAGAUCUGCUGGUACAAGUCCAUCAGCUCCGGGAACGGCAGAGACCUUCUAGUCCAGGAAUGCGCCAACGCAGUUGCUCAAGGCAGAACCGUAGUCUCCUUCCUAAAUGGCUCUUUUCCCGCACAAAUCCACGAGAUCGCAGGGCCGGGGCUGGGUGGCUCCGCCAAUCUCAUCCAGGAGAAAAUCGACAAAUGGACGCCGCUAGACCAGGUGUCCGGUGUCAAAAAGGAUGCAGACGCAGACGACCUGCCUCGCAUCGUCUCCAUAGAGCCCGGCAGUUUGGGAUUCCGUCUCCCGGUCCCGAGACCAGGCCUGGUAGUCAUGGGCGCUAGAUACGUGGAUGUGGUGUUGGACGAGAAUGCCGCCUUCAUCACCGUCAGCAGGGUCAUCUGCCCUAUCCCGAAGAACGACAUCAAUGGGCUGCCGAAAACGACGCCCCCGCCAGCAUACAAUGCGGAGAUCAUGCACACGGUCCUGGGGAUUGUACACCGUUUCCGCGGCAAGGAGAUGAAGGACAUGCCCUUCAAUUGGUCUAGGUCCGAUCGGAUGCCAAGCUUGGUCCGCGAGAUAGCUCGGCGCCUGGAGCUGAUGGGGCUCGUGUCGGACAGUGGUUCUGCACCCGGUUCCACUGACAAGGGAGACUCGGUGUUGAGGGAGAUCAAGGCCUUCAAUGGCGACAUCAAUGCCGCAUGCCUGGCCGUUGGCGCUUUGACUGACGACACCCUGAGCCGGAAUGCCGCUCGCCUUUUACUCCGGAUGGCUGUUGUGGCCUCGCGGGCAGCGAGCCUGGCACGGGUCACGCCGGAGGCGCCCGCAGACGAGGUUGCCCUCUUUGCUCGCAUUCAGGACGAUUGCUGGGGUCUUGGGCGUUUUGCAAGACUCGGGCACAUGUGGAUUCUUCUUGGCCUCUGGGAGAGUGUCCGCUUUACCACGAACAACUUCGAGGACGUGGAGGACAGGUCGUUUUUCCUGGCUGGUGGCGCUGUCAAGCUUUCUCGGCCGGACUGCCUUGGCAUUUGGCACACCCUGCAGCAGUACGACGAACAGUUUGAGGCCAAGCAGGACGAGCCGGCCCCCCUGUCUGAUAGCGACAAGGAGGCAAUACACCGCCACCUCUUGGGUGCCUACGUCGAUUUCAAACUUCAGGAGGAGCUCAGCCGAGACACGGAUUCUCUGGUCUUGGUUGCGACCAUACGCCGCCUAGCCCUCUCCGAUUCGGGCAUACCGCCAGAAUUUAUUAGCGUCCCGUUUAUCACACCCGUGGUGAAGGAGGAUGGGGGCAAAUACUUUAUCGGGGCGCCGACCUUUGUGCCCCCGUCGGCGCUCACAACGUUUCGGGACAGACAUCCCUGGAAGGAGUACCGAGUCUAG